AAGAAAAUACUAUAAGAACAAACAAUAUUCUCAAUUAUUCUGUAAAAUUAAUAAAUGAUGUUCAUUUCAAGAUAUUCUAAGGUUUACGAGGCGAAGGAGGGAGAAGUGAAAACGGAUGCUUCUCACGGUUACUUCGAAGGACAUAAGUGUUUCUUGCCACUUGACAAGAUAUCCACUUAUGAAAUACAAUGCAGUCGUUUUAGGAAAUUCAUCCUUAAACUUAUAUCGGUGCACGCGGGUGACGUCAGAGCCAAAAAUAUGUUCAGGUCUUACGCAGCUUUAUGUAUGGAAAGACAGCGACAGUGUAGGCAUUAUCCGUUCUCAAUCCAUCCGUUUAGUAGAGUGCGAUUGUGGUUAGAAGCUCUGUUUGUUAUUAUCAUGCUGUUGUCUAACAUCGGCGUUGCUGUAUUGAUCAGCAGAACUAAGCCUGACGUACACGAUUACUUUAGUAUUGCUGUCAAAUCUUUAGAUUUAUUCUAUAUGUUUAAUAUAUUCUUCAAUUUCUUCACCGGCUACAUAGAGGGUAAUACUUGUCAACGAGUUGUCUUAGAUUUGAGGAAGAUCGCUAAGAAGUACAUUACUACUUGGCUCAUUAUUGACGUGACGUCAUCAUUGUCGUGUUUGGAUCUGUUUUACGAAUCACGCAAUGUGUUGGGGUCUCUCAAGAUAUUAAGAAUGCUCACUCUUUAUAUGUACGUGAAGAAUUUGGUUACAGUUUUGAAAAUAAAGAUGCUAUCAAGAACUUUAGUAGAAUCGAGUCUGUUUAUUCUAUCAUAUUUAACUUGGAACGUGUAUUUCCAAUUUAUGGUGGAGUUUAUGCUAGAACAAAGCUAUCAGCCGGAACAUCCAAGGAAUUGUUCUUGGCUAACGAUAGGAAAACUAUGGAAUCAAACAUCUACAACUAGAUUCGUUUAUUCCUUUGACAGAGCUGUGGGCAUGUUACGAGGCAACGCUAAUUUGAACCUCUUAAAAACGGAUGGAUGUUUCGAAAACUUUUUCAUGGUGGCCUGGGUAAUUGCUAAGAUUAUAGUUUUACACUGCGCUUUCAAAUACAUAAUUGCACUCUUCGGGUCUGAGUCAGCACGGGCUAAAUACUUCAUGAUGCAGCAACAGAUCGAGACGUAUAUGAACCAGAGGAAGUAUCCCUCUAAUAUUAAGAAGAAAAUCAUCAAGUUCUACUCAUUAAGGUUCCAAUCGCACUUCUUUGUUGAGUCUCGUAUGAUGUCUUGUGUGUCGGGACAGUUGCGUGAAGAUUUGAUAAUGUAUAGCGGUCGUCAGUUGAUGAGAGAUGUGGCCUUUUUGAAGCACAUACCACGAGCUCUGCUAUUAGAAGUUGGCCUGAGGCUGCAGAUGGUAUUGUUUAUCGCCGGAGAUGUUAUAAUGAAGAUAAAUACUAUUGGUGACUGUAUGUUCUUUAUCGACAAAGGUACAGUCGCGAUCUACUCUGAGUCUGGUAGAGAAGUGUGUCAUUUAGAAGAUGGGGAUUUUUUCGGCGACAUCGCUCUUACAAUGAAACACAAAUUACGCACCGCAACCGCAGUAGCUGUUACCAAUUGUGAACUGUUUAAAUUGAAUAAGGAAGAUUUUGAUAGUACAAUAGCUUGUUAUCCAACAGUUUAUGAGGAGAUUGAGAAGGUAGCUGCAAGUAGACUGGAAAGAACUCAUGUGUUAGACGAACAUCAUAAGGCGGAGACCAAAAUGCUUAACGAUUACGAAAACAUGUAAACUAGAAAAUUAUAUAGUUUUAGGAAUAUUUCAUUGAGAGCUUGUCCCACCACUGGCUGAUAGAGGCUCAGAUAGCUAAAUGACGUCACAGAUAUUUUACACGUUGGAUUGUUAUCAGACAAUUUACAAUUUAGUGGGACAGGCCCUAAAUAUUCUAUUAAAUAGAUACAGUUCUAUUCAGUACUAGAAACUAAGAACUCUGUUAUUGUUAAUAUGUAUGGAAUAUUAAAAUAUAAAAGAAUAUAAAUAAGAAACAAAC